UUUGCUGCUGCCUUGGGGACUGGAAUCAGUCGCCAUGAUUGCCACCCCGCCUCGAGAAAACCCUCUGGUUGCCUGGUUGAGAGCCUACGCCCUACAGGAGGUCCUCAUCGGGAACCUGUCAGAUGUCCCCCCAUCACACGAUUGCGUUGCCUGUACAAGACCAAAGGCCUCAGAGGGAGGGUCCCCCUUCCUCUGGGAGUUCCUCCCCCUCACGAACCUGACUCCACAGCAUCCAGCUUCAGCCUGCAACAACACAAACUGGGUUCAUCGGCCUCUGUUCACGUGCAACACCACCAGCGACGACCGAAGACCCAACUCAUUCGCCCCUGUUGCGGUGACAGGACCACUCCCAGCAGCCCCCUGCAUCGUGUUCUUUGGCUUCUCCAAUCCCACUCCGUUGGGGCAGUAUCCCAAUUGCACCCAAUGGUUCAUAGGACCUCGGCCUAACUCAAACCCCAAGAAAGGAAGCUCAAGAUACUGCACUGAGUUCACCAGGUUUAUUAAUCAUCUUUCAACAAGACAAGUGUGGCUCUGUGGGAACAACAUUGCCCGGACUGCUCUACCCGCAUUCCCAAAGGGGGUAUGUGCCAUUGGGCAACUCGUCAUAAAGGGAGGAGGGCUCUUUCACCACCGUCGCCCCUUCUUCUCCUCGCCACGCAAACGACGAACAGCCACCGCAUGGGAGCGACUCAAGUCAGCCACCGAGAUGGUCAUAGGAGGGUACAUACAGUUUAACCCCCUCUCAUACAGUUUAACUUUACAGCAAAUCCGUGGACUGUCGCUUGGUCUGGAGGCCCUCACCAACAUCACAGCAGAAGGACUUCGUCGAACCAGCGACGCCCUCACUAUCCUAGCCAACUACGCCGAGCAGAACCGUCUUCUGAUCCAGACCAUCCUACAGAAGGACUUUUGUGUCGCCUUGGAGGACCUCGAUCCUCGCUUUAAAGGACAAUGUUGCCUGCGCCUUCAGCCUGGGUGGAACAAUGUCUCAGCCAUGGCUGACCAACUAUCCUCCCUCGCCAUCCAGAUUCGUGAAGAGCCGUACCCCCAUUUUUGA